AUGAGUCGAGUUCUAAGAGAAAUAGUUAUAAGAGGUGCUCUUGAAACAAAACAAAAUCGUGAAUACUCUGAAAUCUGUUCAAAACAUGAGCACUAUGAAAUACUUGAUUGGGAAUUAAAUUCGCCUUUGGAGACAAGAGUCAGAUAUGAGGAGAUGGCAAGUGGUGGACUAAAUGGUUUUUAUAGACCAAGAAGCGCUUUGGCCCGUGCAAUGUAUGAAAAACAAAGAAAUGAUAGAUACCUACAGGAAUUUGAUCAAAAUGAGUGGUACCAGGUCGACAAGACGAAGCUGUCGCCGGAGCUUGAAGAAAAGUUCAUCCAGCUGUAUCCAGAUAAAGAAACGCAAGAUUUCCUCUCCACCUCCAUCGAUAAAUCUUCAUGGGUUUGGACUCAACUCUGGUACAUAAUCGCCAAGUCCUUCCUCAGGCAUUUCUGGACUACUACAGAUAUCAAUGGCUGGCUAGGCCGCGGUUCCAUGUUCGUGUUAUCGUCAGCACAGACGCGGACCCUGCUAAGUGCAGCACGCUCGGGCCGUGGAAACCCAAACUCAGAUAGACCCACAGCUUUGGUGGACAUCGGCGCUGGAGACGGCGAAGUGAGCCGCAGAUACGCUGAUCUCUUCGCUACGAAAUAUGCCACCGAAAUAUCUGCUUCUAUGAGAAAAGUGCUCAGCAAUAAGGGGUUUACAGUGCUGGACGUAGACGACUGGUGGAAGAGUCAGAAGUUCGACUGUGUAUGUAUGAUGAAUCUGGUAGACCGCUGCGCGAAGCCAAGAACAAUGCUGCAGCAGGCGAAAGAGGCUCUCACCUCUGAUGGUCUACUGGUUCUAGCCCUGGUUCUGCCUUAUAAGCCAUAUGUUGAAGUGACGUCUGACCACAAGCCCGAAGAGCGUCUCCCGAUAUCCGGCACUGCUUUUGAAGAACAGGCUUCAUCAUUCGUUAGCUUCAUGAGGGAACAGGGCUGGGAAUUAGCGAGCUGGUCUCGAGUUCCUUAUCUCUGCGAAGGCGACUUUGCGCAAGCGUACUAUUGGCUAGAUGACUCCAUUUAUGUAUUCAGACCCUUAGAUUAA